CGUCCGCACUGAUCUCCGGGGUCCCUUAGCCAACCCGCGCGCAGCCCGAGGCUGUGCCGAGUUGAACCGAGCCGAGCCGAGCCACACCGAGCCGAACCGAGGUCGGUCGGCCCCUCCCAGUCCGCCGCCCGCCCGCCGCCCGCCGGGGCAGCGGAGAAGAGCGCGCGGCCGCGCCGAGCCUGUAGAGCCCAGCCCGGGGCGCAGAGCGUGGAGCCCAGGUGGCCCACGGCCCAGGGUAGAGCCCCAGCGUGGCGGAUGACGUCACCCCACGCACGAUGUCAUCAUGCGUCUCUAGCCAGCCCAGCAGCGACCGGGCCACACCCCAGGAUGGCAGCCACGAAGGCCCAAAGCCCUGCGAGGCCCUGCAGGGCCUCUCAUCGCUGAGUCUCCGCCUGGGCAUGGAGUCCUUCAUCGUGGUCACUGAGUGUGAGCCGAACCACGCCGGGGACCUCAGCCUGGCCAGGGACCACCCCCUGGAUGCCUCCCGGUCCCACCUCUCAGGCCGCAAGCUGUCCCUGCAGGAGCGGUCCUCGGGAGCGCCAGUAGUUGGCAGCAGCCCAGAGACAGACGGACACUGCAUCCACCCGGCCCUGCCCUGUUCGCCUGUCGGGUCCCCGCAGUUGUCGCCACGCCUGCCACGGCGGCCCACGGUGGAGUCGCACCAUGUAUCCAUCACGGGCCUGCAGGACUGCGUGCAGCUGAAUCAGUACACACUCAAGGAUGAGAUUGGAAAGGGCUCCUAUGGGGUGGUCAAGCUGGCCUACAACGAGAACGACAACACCUAUUACGCCAUGAAGGUGCUGUCCAAGAAGAAGCUGAUCCGGCAGGCCGGCUUCCCGCGUCGCCCUCCACCUCGGGGCAUGCGCCCAGCCCCUGGGGGCUGCAUCCAGCCCCGGGGCCCCAUUGAGCAGGUGUACCAGGAAAUUGCAAUCCUCAAGAAGCUGGACCACCCCAACGUGGUGAAGCUGGUGGAGGUCCUGGACGACCCCAAUGAAGACCACCUAUACAUGGUGUUUGAACUGGUCAACCAGGGGCCUGUGAUGGAAGUGCCCACCCUCAAGCCGCUCUCUGAGGACCAGGCCCGCUUCUACUUCCAGGAUCUGAUCAAAGGCAUUGAGUACCUGCACUUCCAGAAGAUCAUCCACCGAGACAUCAAGCCUUCCAACCUGCUGGUGGGAGAUGAUGGCCACAUCAAGAUUGCCGACUUUGGUGUCAGCAACGAGUUCAAGGGCAGCGACGCCCUCCUGUCCAACACUGUGGGCACGCCCGCCUUCAUGGCGCCUGAGUCACUCUCGGAGACCCGCAAGAUCUUCUCUGGGAAGGCCUUAGAUGUCUGGGCAAUGGGUGUGACACUGUACUGCUUUGUCUUUGGUCAGUGUCCGUUCAUGGAUGAGCGGAUCAUGUGCCUGCACAGCAAGAUCAAGAGUCAGGCCUUGGAGUUCCCAGACCAACCUGACAUUGCUGAGGACUUGAAAGACCUGAUCACCCGUAUGCUAGACAAGAACCCCGAGUCGAGAAUUGUGGUGCCAGAAAUCAAGCUGCACCCCUGGGUCACGAGGCACGGGGCCGAGCCAUUGCCAUCGGAGGACGAGAACUGCACGCUGGUCGAGGUGACCGAAGAGGAGGUCGAGAAUUCGGUCAAACACAUCCCCAGCCUGGCGACCGUGAUCCUGGUGAAGACCAUGAUCCGGAAGCGCUCCUUCGGGAACCCGUUCGACGGCAGCCGGCGGGAGGAGCGCGCACUGUCGGCCCCCGGGAACCUGCUCACCAAAAAGCCACCCAGGGAGUGGGAGCCCCUGUCUGAGCCCAAGGAAGCAAAGCAGCGAAGACAGCCUGCAGGGUCUCGCCCCUGCCCCCGCGGGGGAGGAGGAGGAAGCGCUCUCCUGAAAGGUGGGCCCUGCACCGAGAGUUGGGGGGCCGCACGCACGCAUCGGCCGCAGCCGCAGGGUGAGGAGGCGAUGGAGCCGCAGUAGCCGCCAGACCAGAGCUCGCAUGCCGGCCAGCCGUCUGCGCUUCCCUAGCAGCAUGACCUACGGAAACGCGGGCGCGCUCAGCCUUGGCCGCCCCCGCUGGUUAUUUGCUUUUUUUCUUUGUUGUUUUAAAGGGGACCAAAAAAAAAAAAAGACUUCGUGAUGUCGACCUCAGCCACUGGCUGGCCUGACUGGCUGGUGUGAAGAGUUGUGGACCCAGACCCACAUGCAUUCUGGGACAACUGCUUUUAAAAACAUUUUUAGUCCAAAAGCCCUUCAUCAUGAAUUGACAACUGGGUCAGAUGUACCCAGCGAAUGUGUGUGGGGUCUGGACCGUGCAGAGAAGGGAGCAGUGUGCUCUGGCAGGCCGGGGCUGCAGCCCUGGAAAGGAGGCUGGAGGGACGCUGCGGCCAGGGUGGCCCCUCCGAGCCAAAGGUCCCAGGCCCAGGCUCGCAGCUGCAGGAGCUUCCAUGCAACUUCAUUUGCAAGAAGGACUUUUUAAUUUUGUAUGGAUAGAAUGUAGUCGGGAAAACCGAAAGGGCUUGACAUUUCAUUGCUUCUCAAGGGGGAUUUUCCUACCCUAGGUCUCCCUGGAGGACAUCACCUGCGCACAGUGGGGUCCUGAGAUGGUGGGCAGGGCACUAGUAGAUCUCUGCUCAGCUAGAAAAACUUCAGGGUGAAACCCUACACUUCCAUGUACAUUACAUGUCUUAAGAGUCACCAAAAAAGAAAAAAAAUUGUUUCAAUUCUCUAAGGAGACUGAACUCGAGGAGUUCAGGAGUUAUCAGAGCUUCCAGGCACCCACCAAGUGAUGGGAGGCCGAGCCGAUGGAACCCGCACCUGAGGGCCAGCAGCUUAGCGUGUGUGUACCCUGUGCAUCCUAGAGCCCGCGGAGGUUCUGUCGCACCCUAAACACCGCUGGUCUGUAGGGGAGGAAACACGUCACCCACUUUCCCGCGUACCACGUGGGAAACAGUUUUCCUUGGCUGAGAUAGCACAGAUAAACUUCGGCAGGAGCCACAUGGUGACAUUAGAACACCCUGUUAGCGGUGGCUGUUGAAAUUCAGAGCGUCCUCAGGGCUCAGGGGAACCAGGGAUUGGCACUGGGUGGUCCCUUCUGUAGCCAGAAGUCCAGAAAGAAAACGCUGAUCCUCUUAACUUGUGUCUAGUGUAGAGAGCUGCUGGUGAGACAGCGCCCUGUCGAAUCCCGACCUCCACUUCCCAGUGCUCUGCAGUGGGGUGGGGUGCGGUGGGGUGGGGGAGCCGGUCCGCAGCUGGGCUCAGAGGACUUUUUCCCAAGUUUCCAGGGCCUGUGUCCGGUCAGCCAUUCGCAGGCCCAGAUGGUGUUGGCUUUCAUAAAUUCUCCUCAGCUCUAGACUAGUUUAGUCAGGCCUCUCGCUGUCAUGUGAACAGGUAGAAUUAGGGCCUGUGGUUCCGCAGGGCACAGUCUGAGGUCUGGGGUGGUCGCCUUGCCUGCUUGCUUUGUCUUUGUAACCUCGUGCUUCCUCUUGCCCCACUGUGUGAGUUUAUGGGGAAAGGGUCUGGUCAUUUCACACCUUCUGGUCACGGGUGGGCUUGGGUAGUUUGCAAUAAGCACCUUGCGGUGGUGACAGCCGACUGGCCCUUGAGCCCAGUCCCAGCCUGGUGUGUGGACUCUGGCCUGGCCGAGUUGGCUGCAGAGCUCCAGGGUUCACCUGACUGCAAUAGGCAGUGCCACGGGUCUCCACCACGGAACUUCACCCAAGACAACUGGCGAGCGGGGAGCGGAGGCUGCCGGCAAUCAUGGCGCUCCAGCUGUUGGGCCAGGCAGGUUAGGGGAGGCCCACCUCGGUAACUUUUCUUAUCUAAGCAAACACCAAAGAAAGCUAAGGAGAGGAACUGCCCAGCCCACAGAAAGCCUCAGUAGGCACAGCCGUGGCCGAAGCACUGGAGUUGCAGGAGCACAAAGCCGGCUCUGUCAGGGAAGGGCGAAGCCGUCAGCAGCAGCCUUUCUGGCUGGGCGGAAAGGGCACCCACUGUUCCUUCCAGGGCUGGCUCUUCUGUGGGACCAACAUGGUGGAAGCAGCCUGCAGCCCCAAAGGAAGCACAAAUUUUCUGCCUGCUUUUCUCCUGUGUCCUUUCCCCCUGCUGGUCCGUCCACAGGUGGACAGCAGCGCUCAGAAACCUUCCUGAGCACCUCGUUGGCCCCUGGAGCUGCAGAUGCCAUCUGCCACGGCCUGGCCUCUUGGCACGGGGAAGCUGCCCAGGCAUAUAGGGCCGGCCCGCGGCUCUCACCCAAUAGAGGGGCCCACACGCCGCCAGCGUCCACUGGGACGUCCACUGGGACGUCCACCUGCUCCCAAGGUGCUACGGAUGGUCUCACGGUUGUUGGCUCCCGUCUUUUGUCCAGGUUCUGCCUUUUCUAUUCCGUGACGUAUCCGAUGCCCGAUGCUUCUGUUCUAUCCCCAAUCCUUUUGACUAUGCAGUUCCUUUACCAGGUGUACAGAGUUAAAUACUGUGUAUUUAUCACGAGUACGUGACCUUACGAGACAGAUAAGCCUUUGAUGUUUCUCCCGGGUGAUGAAGCUUCUCUGUAAACUUGAAAUAAACACAGCAAAAUGGUGCAAA